ACUGAACCACGCACGCUCCCUGUCACUUCGACUUUGCCUCCGUUUCACGCACCCCGCGUGUGCUUCGUGGCUCCUUCUCGUCCCCUCUCUCGGUCACUUGUCGAGUACGGUACCGGGCAGUCGCCUGCCAAAUUUACGGAUACCCUUUUCAAGCCAAGUCGCCAAAUGGACGGUACCGAUAUCGAUAUUGCAGACGACACCGAGUCGCCGACCCGCGCGUAGACAGGCUGCGUGAGGAGACCGCCGGGCACGUCCUCGGGGAGGAGGUAGAUGAAGGCGUUGGCCUCGUAGCAGAGGCUCGAGCGCGCGUCGACGUCCGACGUCAUGGUCGCGCCAGGCCGCCCGCCACGGGCUUGCUGCUGCAAUGGAAAGUCUGCUUGUGUCGAUUACUAUUAAACUCGGUAUGGCCAUCUUCAGAUUGGUGAAGCCUCGUAUUGCCGCGGACCCCAACGCCGAAUGCCAGCACACCCUGCGACAAGCCGAGCUCGAGAAGCUUCAGGGCGAGUGCAACGAAAUGGAAGCCAAGAUCGCCAAGCAAGAGGCGGCCGCGAAGCAGCGCCUUCUCAAGAACAGCGCUGACAAGUUCCUUCAAAUCCGCUCGCGGAAACUCGCCCAGCGGCAACAUCUUGUGUCGCUGCCGCACGUGUUGGGCCUUUUGAGACUCACGGUUCUCAUCUAUGCGGUCUAUCGUCUGCACUCGACACCAAUGACUCUUUAACUUAAGGCCCACGUGAGCAUGGCGUUGGUGUGCCGAUGUUAGCGGACUUCAAGGGCAACCAAGGUGUAUUUUUCAACCUUGCGUACUGGACACUAACGUUAAUCUAUGUUGCUUUCCUUGUCGA